CAUCUCCACACCAGGAAGUGGGCUGGUGACUCUGAGUCACGUGACUCGACAGAAAAAGCAGCGAUGGAGAAAAGCUAAGGAAGGAGCCUGCCCUGGCAGUGGCUUCCUGUUAACCCCGAGUGCUUGUGGAAUGGCAGCAGUUUGGCAGCAGGUUUUGGCAGUGGACGCAAGGUACAAUGCUUACCGCACGCCUACGUUCCCACAGUUCCGAACUCAGUACAUCCGCCGACGCAGCCAGCUGCUCAGAGAGAACGCCAAGUGUGGCUUUGAGCCAGGGCUGCGCAGGCAGUACCUGAGGCUGCGCAGUCAGCUGCUGGCCCUGCGCUACGGGCCCCUGUCUGAGCAGAGCAGCUUCAGGGCCAGCAGUGUGCGCAGCUCCCGCACCACACUGGACCGCAUGGAGGACUUUGAGGAGGACCCUCGCGCUCAAGGGGCUCGUGGUCAUCGCCGGUCUGUCAGCAGAGGGUCCUACCAGCUACAGGCCCAGAUGAACAGAGCCGUCUACGAUGAGAGGCCUCCGGGCAGCUUGGUGCCCACCUCAGUGGCAGAGGCCAGUCGCGCUAUGGCAGGGGACACAACCUUGAGUGAAAAUUAUGCUUUUGCUGGCAUGCACCACAUAUUUGACCAACAUGUAGACUCCGCUGUCCCACGGUUGCAGUUUGCCAACGAUGACAAGCACCUCCUCGCUUGCUGCUCACUGGACGGCACCCUGUCCAUCAUGACGUUGUCCCCGCCCCCUGCCAGUGUGAAGGUGACCCUUAAAGGUCACGGAGGUCCCGUCACAGACUUCGCCUGGUCCCUGAGCAAUGACAUCAUUGUGUCGACGUCGCUAGAUGGGACGCUGCGCAUCUGGAACACAGAGGAUGGUCGGUGCAUCCGAGAGGUCAGAGACCCAGAAUCCAGCGAGUUGCUCUGCUGCACCUUCCAGCCCAUGAAUAAUAACCUUACUGUGGUGGGAAACAGCAAGCACCACCUGCAGGUGGUUAACAUCUCCACUGGGAAGAAGGUGAAGGGGGGCUCCAGUAAGCUGACAGGCCGCGUGCUGUCUCUCUCCUUUGAUGCUCCUGGGAGGAUCCUCUGGGCCGGGGACGACAGGGGGAGCAUCUUCUCCUUCCUGUUUGACAUGGCCACAGGGAAGCUAACCAAAGCCAAGCGUCUGGUGGUGAGUGAAGGCAGCUCCAUCUGCAGCAUAUCUGCUCGUUCCUGGAUUAGCCGAGAGGCCAGAGACCCCUCCCUGCUGGUCAACGCCUGUGUCAAUAAGCUGCUGCUGUACAGGGUGGUAGACAAUGAAGGAACACUACAGCUGAAGAGAAGCUUCCCCAUUCAGCACGGAUCCCAGCAUGUUCACAGCAUCUUCUGCCCCCUCAUGUCUUUCAGACAGGGGGCCUGUGUGGUGACUGGCAGCGAGGACGCCUGCGUCUACUUCUUUGAUGUCGAACGCAACACCAAGGCGAUAGUGAACAAGCUGCAGGGUCACGGGGGACCGGUUUUGGAUGUCAGCUUCAACUGUGACGAGAGUUUGCUGGCGUCGGCCGAUUCCACGGGCAUGGUCAUCAUCUGGAGGCGGGAGCAAAAGUGACUGAUCCACCAAUAAAAAGCUUCCAUCCACUGCAUAUUAAAGGCCUGCUCCUCCUUAACCGUCCAAUAACAAGUCUGUAGAUUUUCACUGGAAUGUAAGGGGCUGCAUAAGUGUAAAUGAUACUCAAGUGCAAUCAGAUAGGAACCCGUGCUGUGUAGGUGGUAGGGAUGUCUUUGAAAUUCAUGUGGUUGGAGGGCGGUUGUGUGUCAGUACUCCUACAGCUGCAGUUGAGAGAAGAAAGAGCACUACUACCAUGCAUGUGUCAUGGCUUACCUCCAACGUGUGUGGACGUGACUGAAUUCAUGCGAAGGGGAUGCAGCAUAAUCUUCCAGAAAAGAAAUAACACUUUGUAUCACACUGACAGUCCCUCUGGCAUAGAUCUAGUUCACUAUUUAUGUAACUGUUAUUCAAGCAGUGUAAUCAAGUGUAGUAAACCAGCCUUAUUUGCUUUCAGUUGCCUGUUUGCAUUGGAGACAUGUGCAUGAAACUGAGAUCAGAAACAGUCAGUAGGCAUAUCAGAUCAUCACAGACGAUAAACAAGUGUGUUUUUACGUGUUUGUACUUAUCUGUGCGUGUGUUUGUUCAUACUGAUUGCAGAUUCAUAUAAUUUAUUUCACACAUGCACAAUAAACUACUGUAACUGUC